AUGGAUAAAUUAACUCUCUUCUUUCUUCUCAGCAAUCUCCGUGAUGUUUGGUGUUACACUAUUGCACAGGAAACACAGUUACAUACAGAUUUAUUCAGUGGCUACCAGAAAGCGAUACGACCAGGGGCAGAUAGAACACAACCGCUCUCAAUCGGAGUAAACUUUUUGUUCAUUAGCAUCAAGGAGUUCAGUGAGGAAGAGAGUAAACUGGCCGUCAUCGGAGCAUUUAAGUUCACCUGGCGGGACAAUCGUUUAGCUUGGGAUAUGAACAAAUAUGGCGGUGAUCUACAGGACACGUCUGUUUUACAAGAGACAGUUUGGAUCCCUAAUGUUGUCAACCUGAAUUGUUUUUCCACCAUGAAACCCCUGGGUUCUGACUCUCUAAGUGUCAGGGUCUAUAAUAGUGGUGCAAUUUCCUGGAUCCCACCGGUUCUCAUUGAGAGCACGUGCGAUGCGGAUGUGACGUACUACCCGUUUGAUUCACAGACAUGCGUGAUGCGGUUUUAUGUUCCCGGCUACUAUCCGAAUGAUAUAAUUUUUUCUCCGGGGUCCUCUGAGGCUGACAUGUUUCAAUAUGAAGAAAACAAUCUCUGGAAGGUAACCAAUACCAGGAUGGACACGGUUUUGAAUUCAUUUUCUUUCCAAGAACUUCGUAUUCAUAUUGAGAUGACCAGGCGGUCCAGUUACUAUAUUGCUGGGCUGAUUCUUCCGAUUUGUUUGAUGAGUUUUCUACAGAUUAUGGUUUUCAUCCUUCCCGAGGAAUCCGGGGAAAGGAUAGGUUUUUCUGUCACAGUGUUGUUAGCGGUAGCAGUGUUUCUUACCAUUAUCCAGGAUAGUCUCCCAGAGGCUUCAGAGCCAAGCGUUUCAUUGUUAGCUUAUAAGCUCUUAGCUGACGUUUUGCUGGGAGCGGUAAUUACAACGUCAGCAAUAUUCGGUUCUGCUAUUUAUCAUAAAAACGAAACGAGUCCCAUACCAGCAGCUGUCAAACAGCUGAUUCUUCGCUGUAAUACACGUAAAACCUGCUGCAAGAAAUCACCUAAAGUGACGAUAGUGGUUGUAGAGAAAAUACAACCGAAAGACGCUGUAGAGAAAAAAAUACAACCGGAAGACGCUGUUAAUGAAUCGGAAAAUGAUGACGUAAUUUCCUGGAGAGAUGUCGGAAAGUGGUUUGACAAAUGUUGUCUCUUAUUUUUUAUUGUAUGUCUGUCAGUGAACAAUAUCGUUCUCAUGAUAUUUAUUGCAAGCUAAAUAAUAAGUAUUGAUUUCAAUCAGAAUAGU